AAUCUGUGGGCGGGUCUUGUUGGGGCGGGUCGUCGCAGCAGUUUGCUUUUAAUCGUUAGUUGAUAGUUCGCGUGUAUUUUACUUUGUAAAGUGUUAGGCGACCCAAUACCUUUUCCGAUAGUACUUAAUUAAAUCAGAAACCAUGUUACACUUAAAGAAUAUCGCAAAAACUGUUGCGACGCCCCUCAAAAACACCAUCCAAAAUGAAGGAGUGAACAAUAUGCUAAGAGUCGUUCCUGGUGCAGUAAACGUUUGUUGCCGUACUUAUGCAAGCCAUGAAAUUCCUGACAGGCUUAAAGAUAUACCGACAAGUGCCAAUCCAAGAUUCUUCGAUAUGGUGGAAUAUUUUUUCCACCGGGCGUGCCAAGUGAUCGAAGAUAAAUUAGUGGAGGAUAUGAAAUCUAGAGUUUCCAUCGAGGAGAGAAAGAAAAGGGUUGCUGGUAUCCUCAAACUAAUGCAGCCGUGUGAUCAUAUCAUCGAAAUACAAUUUCCCCUGCGCCGCGAUUCCGGCGAUUACGAAAUGAUUCUUGGGUAUCGAGCUCAACAUUCUUCUCACAGAACUCCAACAAAAGGAGGUAUACGAUUCUCAAGUGACGUGACCAGAGACGAAGUUAAGGCCCUGUCUGCUCUAAUGACGUUCAAGUGUGCCUGCGUAGACGUACCUUUCGGGGGCGCUAAGGCCGGCAUUAAGAUCAACCCCAAGGAGUACUCCGAGCAUGAAUUGGAGAAGAUCACUCGACGAUUCACCCUUGAGCUUGCAAAGAAGGGCUUUAUCGGGCCCGGUGUGGACGUACCCGCCCCGGACAUGGGUACUGGUGAGCGCGAGAUGUCAUGGAUCGCUGACACCUAUGCCAAGACCAUCGGUUUCCAGGAUAUCAAUGCUCACGCUUGCGUCACGGGCAAACCCAUUAACCAGGGUGGUAUCCACGGCAGGGUAUCAGCCACUGGCAGAGGUGUAUUCCACGGUCUUGAAAACUUUAUCAAUGAAGCUAACUACAUGAGCAUGAUUGGUACAACUCCUGGAUGGGGCGGCAAGACGUUCAUCGUGCAGGGCUUCGGUAACGUGGGGCUGCACACGUGCCGCUACCUUGUACGCGCUGGCGCCACGUGUAUCGGCGUCAUCGAGCACGACGGCGCCAUCCACAACCCUGACGGCAUUAACCCUAAGGCUCUUGAGGACUACAGGAUCGAGAAUGGCACGAUCGUUGGCUUCCCCGGCGCGAAGGCCUACGAAGGCGAGAACAUGCUGUACGAGAAGUGCGAUAUCCUGGUACCAGCUGCCGUCGAGCAGGUUAUACACAAGGAGAACGCACACAAGAUACAAGCCAAGAUAAUCGCGGAGGCUGCCAACGGACCUACAACACCGGCUGCUGACAAGAUCCUGAUCGACCGCAACAUUCUCGUGAUCCCAGACUUGUACAUCAACGCCGGUGGUGUCACCGUCUCCUUCUUCGAGUGGCUGAAGAACCUCAACCACGUCUCAUACGGCCGUCUCACAUUCAAAUAUGAGCGUGAAUCCAACUACCAUUUAUUGGAAUCUGUGCAAGAAUCCUUGGAGAGACGAUUCGGCCGUGUCGGUGGACGUAUUCCCGUCACUCCCUCAGAGUCCUUCCAGAAGAGGAUCUCCGGUGCUUCCGAGAAAGAUAUUGUACACUCCGGCUUGGACUACACCAUGGAGAGGUCAGCCAGGGCCAUAAUGAAGACUGCCUUGAAAUUCGAUUUGGGUCUGGAUCUGCGAACAGCCGCGUACGCUAACUCCAUAGAAAAGAUCGUUACGACAUACGCAGACGCUGGCCUCGCUUUUUAAAUAACUCACUUUACGAAUUUAAGUAUUGUCUGCAUUUUGAAGACUAUAUAGUCCCCUUUGCACUUAAGUAUAACUUUUAAGACAUAAUCACAGUAUUUUAUUUCUUUGUUAAAAUCAUGGCUUUUUUUACUUUUAAAGUUAAGCGAAAUAUUGUUAAAACCUUUAAGUGGAUAUUUAAAUUUCCAAUUGUAUCACUUUUUCUUUAAUUUUCGAAAUAAAUUGUUUUACUGUUA